GGUGAUGGUUCCUCCCCCCUCGUAACGUUACGCGUGACCGACUCAUCGACGAACACAGCGUCUCGGUGAACCGCAUUACCUUCUCUUUUAAAAAUAAAAAUGUUAAUUAUACCGAACAGGAUAAAGUUAUGUUCCCUGGCGUUCACCGCCGCGCGCAUGUACAGCAGCGGCCCCGCGGCCGCCAACAAGAACCCGACGGUUUACUUUGACAUUGCUGCGGACAACCAGCCCCUCGGGAGGGUGACCUUUGAGCUAAACGCCGACGUGGUGCCAAAGACUGCAGAGAACUUCAGGGCGCUGUGCACCGGGGAGCACGGCUUCGGUUACAAGGGAUCCACGUUCCACAGGGUGAUCCCUCAGUUCAUGUGCCAGGGCGGUGAUUUCACUAACCACAAUGGAACUGGAGGCAAGUCGAUCUAUGGCUGGAAGUUUCCCGAUGAGAACUUCAAGCUGCUGCACACCGGACCUGGCAUCUUGUCGAUGGCCAACGCCGGACCCAACACCAACGGAUCCCAGUUCUUCAUCUGCACCAGUAAAACAGAAUGGCUGGACGGCAAGCAUGUUGUCUUUGGCAGCGUGAAGGACGGACAGGACGUGAUCAAGAAAGUGGAGUCCUUCGGGUCUCAAUCCGGGCGAACCUCCAAGAAGAUCACGAUCGCCGACUGUGGGGAGCUCAAGUAGUCGAUGCCCCCAACCCUCCCCCCGCAGGCUGCCCCUCCUCGCUGCAGCAGAUGCUUACAUAUCAUCUCUGCCUCGGUCUUUCUUCAGGUACCGGCGCUAACGCACUCAACUGUGACAUAGACUAAAAUGUGAACGUGUGUUUUUCAAUACAAAAUGACCACUAUUGUAAUUGAGGAGAUGUUCAUUCCUGAUCAUGAAAUGGGUUUGGAAGAUACUAAAAAAAUAAAGUAUACAUUUUUUCGUAAA